AUGGGUGGUUGCGAUCAGUUCCCUUUUUUCGCCCUCCCUCAGGAGCUCCAACUAGAAGUUCUAAGAAAGAUGAAAGUAAAAGACGUACUAGCAGUUCGCCUUUCUUGUUCAGCUAUGAAUAAUCUUAUUGAACUUCACCGACUUUCAUUGCCUCACAGGACUUUCCAUUACGUGGAGUUGCAUCCGGUGAUGGACGAUGAGACACACAUAACUUAUGAUGAGGAAACGUUCGUGAGGCUUUUCAAGAAUGGCAAAAUCCGAGGACUAACAAUUUCUUACAUGGAGGUUACUGACGAGUUCGUGAAGUCAAUGGAACGUGCCUUCAGAAAACAUCGAAUUCUUGUACAACGUCUCGGUCUGGACUAUUGCCGUAUCUCCGCGGAUCCCUCGUUGUUUGUACGACUUUUGGAUACGAUGAAGAUCUCUGAGCUCUCCAUCAUAAACACUAUCACGGUGAAUGAGCGGUUCGCACAUGAUCUUACAGAAACCGCUACCGUUAAGAGGCUGGAACGAUUUGGAGUACUUUUGCCAACAGAAAUUUGUGACAAUUAUCUUGCGGAUUGUCGAAACGAAUGGUUAGCGGUGGUCGGAACUAAUAUCACAGCCACUGCAGUAAAUCAAUUCGUAACGGAGUGGAUAGAGGGUCGAAGGUCCUUCCAAUACCUCGCCUUGGAGUUUCCGGAACCCGUUGACCUUGCUGAGAUUCUCUACAACGUUGACUUUAACAUUGAGAAUCAAAGAAUUAUGAUUCGUAAUAAAUGUGGAGAGGAAAGGAAAGUUACUGUAUUUGACAAAUACAUUCAGAUAUACAGUGAUAAGGCAAUAAAACAGAAAAAAUAG